ACAAUAAAUGCACUUGAACACACACACUCUCUCUCUCCAAGUCCCUUCCCUACACACUCUCUCUCUCUCUCUCUCUUCAAUUUCGCCAUUGUUGAACCUUUUCCUUUCUCUGCAAGUCGUCAAAUCUGACUGCCUAGCGCGUUUUUGCUUCCCGGAAUAAGGAGGGAAGUGUAUACCUAAAUGGUAGACAAUUUUAACAGAACGGAUUCAAUGCAGCAAAGAAGAAGUGGUGUUGCAUCUCUCUCUCCGGCUCAGACACCACGAUCAAGUGAUAAAUUGGCCAGAGAAUCGAGAUCUUCUGACUCAAAUUCAACGAAUAGAAAUGAUAAAGAAAAGGGUGUGAAUGUGCAGGUCAUCUUGCGUUGCAGGCCAUUGAGCGAGGACGAGGCCAGACUUCAUACACCGGUGGUGAUUUCAUGUAACGAGCACCGUAGAGAAGUUGCUGCUACUCAGAGUAUUGCUGGGAAGCACAUUGAUAGACAUUUUGCUUUCGACAAGGUCUUUGGUCCAGCGUCUCAACAGAAGGACUUAUAUGACCAAGCCAUUUGUCCAAUUGUGUUUGAAGUACUCGAAGGUUACAACUGUACCAUCUUUGCAUAUGGUCAGACCGGUACUGGAAAGACGUAUACCAUGGAAGGAGGUGCAAGGAAAAAGAACGGUGAGUUCCCGAGUGACGCGGGUGUUAUUCCGAGAGCUGUUAAGCAGAUUUUCGACAUAUUAGAAGCGCAGGGUGCUGAGUAUAGCAUGAAGGUCACCUUCCUAGAAUUAUAUAACGAGGAAAUUUCAGAUCUUUUAGCACCAGAGGAGACGACUACUAAGUUUGUUGAUGACAAGUCCAAGAAAUCGAUUGCUCUUAUGGAAGAUGGGAAAGGGAGUGUCUUUGUUCGUGGCUUGGAAGAAGAGAUAGUGAGCACAGCGAAUGAGAUAUACAAGAUACUGGAGAAAGGUUCCGCUAAAAGGCGUACAGCUGAAACUCUUUUGAACAAGCAAAGUAGUCGCUCUCAUUCCAUAUUUUCUAUCACCAUUCACAUCAAGGAAAAUACUCCCGAGGGAGAAGAGAUGAUCAAAUGUGGGAAACUAAAUCUUGUUGACCUUGCUGGUUCCGAGAACAUCUCACGUUCUGGUGCACGAGAGGGACGAGCCAGGGAAGCUGGAGAGAUCAACAAGAGUUUGCUUACUCUUGGCCGUGUCAUUAACGCGCUUGUUGAGCACUCUGGCCAUAUUCCUUACAGAGAUAGCAAACUGACAAGGCUCUUGAGGGAUUCAUUGGGAGGAAAGACUAAAACAUGUGUAAUCGCCACGAUAUCACCUUCCAUUCACUGUUUAGAAGAGACUCUAAGCACUUUGGAUUAUGCACAUCGCGCCAAGAAUAUCAAGAACAAACCAGAGAUCAAUCAAAAGAUGAUGAAAUCUGCGGUCAUGAAAGAUCUGUACUCUGAGAUUGACAGACUGAAGCAAGAGGUAUAUGCUGCUAGGGAGAAAAACGGGAUUUAUAUUCCAAAAGACCGUUAUCUUCAAGAAGAGGCUGAGAAAAAGGCAAUGGCUGAAAAGAUAGAAAGAUUAGAACUACAAUCAGAAUCAAAGGACAAGCAAGUUAUUGAUCUUCAAGAGCUAUACAAUGCUCAGAAGCUUUUAACUGCAGAGUUGAGUGAGAAACUUGACAAAACUGAGAAAAAGCUCGAGGAAACUGAGCACUCAUUGUUUGAUCUUGAAGAAAAAUACAGACAGGCAAAUGCAACCAUUAAAGAGAAGGAAUUUGUGAUAUCAAAUCUCCUGAAGUCAGAAAAAUCACUUGUGGAGCGAGCCUUUCAGCUGCGGACGGAACUAGAAAGCGCAGCAUCAGAUGUUUCCAACUUGUUUUCCAAAAUAGAAAGAAAGGACAAAAUCGAGGACGGAAACAGAUGUCUCAUCCAAAAGUUUCAGUCACAACUCACACAACAGCUUGAGCUAUUGCAUAAGACUGUGGCUUCUUCUGUGACUCAACAAGAGGUUCAACUAAAACACAUGGAGGAAGACAUGGAGUCCUUUGUAUCGACAAAAUCUGAGGCUACUGAAGAACUCCGUGAGAGACUUUCAAAACUGAAGGCAGUGUAUGGUUCUGGCAUCGAAUCUCUUGAUAACAUAGCCGUGAAGCUAGAUGAAAACUCUCAGUCAACCUUUGGUGGCCUGAACUCGGAAGUUUCCAAACAUUCACAUGAACUUGAGAACGUUUUCAAGGGUUUUGCUUCUGAGGCUGACAUCUUAUUACAAGAUCUCCAAAGUAGCCUUAACAAACAGGAAGAGAAGCUUAUCGCAUUUGCUCAGCAACAGCGGAAGGCACAUUCACAAGCCGUGGAUUCAGCAAGGUCAGUUUCGAAAGUAACAGUGGAGUUCUUCAAGACGCUAGACACGCAUGCUACCAAACUAACUGGGAUAGUGGAAGAGGCACAGACAGUUAACCACAGGAAAUUGAGUGAAUUUGAAAACAAGUUUGAGGAAUGUGCUAAGAAUGAAGAGAGGCAAUUGCUAGAGAAAGUAGCAGAACUUCUGGCGAAUUCUAAUUCUAGGAAGAAAAACCUUGUCCAAAUGGCUGUACAAGAUCUACGUGAGAGCGCAUCCACCAGAACAACCACCCUACAGCAUGAGAUGUCGACGAUGCAAGAUUCAACUUCUUCCAUUAAAGCUGAGUGGAAACUUCACAUGGUGAAAACAGAAUCGAACUAUCACCAGGACACUUCAGCGGUUGAGAGCGGAAAGAAGGCGAUGCAAGAAGUUCUCUUGAACUGCUUGAAGAAGGCAGAGAUGAGUGCACAUCAAUGGAGGAAAGCUCAAGAAUCACUGGUCAGUCUAGAACGGAACAAUGUGGCUUCUGUUGACUCAAUCGUUAGAGGAGGCAUGAAUGCCAAUGAGAAGCUACGCUCUCAGUUCUCGUCCGCUGUUUCAUCCUCUCUUGAUGUUUUUGAUGCUGCUAACGCCAGCCUUCUUACUUCCAUUGAUCAUUCGUUGAAACUCGAUAAUGAUGCAUGUGCUAAGAUCAACUCCAUGAUCAUCCCAUGCUGUGAAGACUUGAUUGAGCUCAAGAGUGAUCACAAUCACAAGAUCGCAGAGAUCACAGACAAUGCAGGGAAAUGUCUUCUUGAUGAAUACAUAGUAGAUGAGCCUUCGUGUUCAACGCCGAGGAAAAGACAAAUUGACAUACCGAGCAUUGAGUCCAUCGAGGAACUUAGAACUCCAGCAUCUGAGCAGUUACUGAGAGCGUUUCAAGAUGGGAAAUUGUUGAGGCAGGCCAAUGGUGAUGCAAAGCAGCAGCAACAACAACACCUUGUUCGUGCUUCCUCUCUUUACGAAGCAGCUGUUGUGUCGGACUCAAGAUCUCCCCUCUCUGCUGUAAACUGAGACGCCAAGAGGAUUGAUUUUACAGAAGCCAAGAGAAGAAGGUUAUUAUUGUGUCAUACUGUACAGAGAGUAUUGUUGCAUUACAGGUUGAAAAAAAAAAUCGUCAUGGACGUUUGGUUUGAGGAAUUUAAGAAAACUUACAUUGUUCUUUAUAUUUCUUUAUUUGUUUAUUUAUUUUUAUUGUUUAUUAGUGGUACUGAGGGGAACUAAAGAAAAAUAAUUUUCUGAAUCAGUAGAUUAUGAGUCGUGUAUGGAUUCUUAGACCGCAAUCUUAAUUUAAUUUCUUAUGUUGUUUGA